UGCCGUUUGCCUGAACAUACGCGCUGUAGAAAUAGCGCUCUGUGAUCUGAGAGUUGUGUAUGUGUGUGUGCCUUUGGCUAAAUGUAUGUGUGUGCUAUAUGGUUGAUACAUGUGAAAUUAUAGGUGUAAUGUCGUGUACAUUCUGUAUUUGUUGUGCGUAUGCUUCUGGACACCUUAAUUUCCCUCGCUAUCAAUAAAAGAUACGAUACGACAUGUGGGAUCGUUACGAAAUGAAACGUGCUUUGUAACUAUUGUAACACCGAUGAAUAAAUUGUACUGGUGGCGGGGCAGUGCUCUAUGGUUUGAAUUUUAGGCGCCAUGGUAAAAUCCAAUCAGACGCAACAGUUGAUACUACGUCAUCGGAUGCAAUGUUUAAAUAGCAUGCGCUUCUCAAUCGACUUCACGUUCGUCUUUUCCAACGAAGCUCUACAAUGGCAAGAACCAAGCAAACCGCCCGCAAGUCCACCGGGGGCAAAGCCCCGAGGAAGCAGCUCGCCACCAAGGCAGCGCGUAAAAGCGCACCGGCUACCGGUGGCGUGAAGAAGCCUCACCGUUACAGGCCAGGAACUGUGGCUCUGAGAGAGAUCCGUCGCUACCAGAAAUCCACUGAGUUGCUGAUCCGCAAGCUGCCCUUCCAGCGUCUGGUCAGGGAAAUCGCUCAGGAUUUCAAGACCGACCUGCGUUUCCAGAGCUCUGCCGUCAUGGCUCUGCAGGAGGCUAGCGAGGCUUACCUGGUUGGUCUGUUCGAGGACACCAACCUGUGCGCCAUCCACGCCAAGAGAGUGACCAUCAUGCCCAAGGACAUCCAGCUGGCUCGUCGUAUCCGCGGAGAGCGUGCCUAAUUCAACCAAGACCGUUGCAUAGAAAAAAAGGCUCUCUUAAGAGCCACCACAUAGCCAGUAGAAAGCAUUAUCCAAGUGACACCACCGUCCACCACAUUACAGCUCCAGGCAACUUUAUUAGAAUAGCAUGAACAAGUUUAUUUAUUUCCGUAAUUCCAUCAACAAUGUUAAACUGUCAUGGAUUAUAGAUUCAUGGCCCAGUCUUUUUUUUUUUAACUAUUACAAUCAUUAAAUUGUUUAUUUUUACAUAUUUUGGUGUUCUCUUCAUCAAAAUUCUGGUCACAUCAAAUCAGUUGAAAUAUGGUACUUUACAUGACAUGAAAUGUUCAAUACUUGGUUAGGACUCUCUGUCUUAAUAACGGCCAUGAUGCGUUUAACAUUGAAGUCAAUGGCAGAAACAGUGCGUGGGAGUUAUGGAAGCCCAGAUAUCCUUGAUGCUUUGCUGUCAGCUGUUCUUGUUUGUGGACCUGGUGUCCCACACUUCACUCUUCAAUAUACCCUGUAGGUUUCCAUGCCACGUUUUGGCGCUAACUCUCCAGUUUAAUUCCAAAUCACCAAUGAAGCCCCAUUGAAAAUGAAUGCCAUAGUGUAACUUGGGCGUGUGCAAUGGUGUAUAAUGUAGUCAUGAAGCAGGACUGUUAAUUCCUCUCAACUGCUACCACUCCUGGACACUUUGUUGGUCACUUGGCCAUGGGCUGCUCUAUACCGCUCGGUUAAGGCACAUGUGAUAAUCACUGGGACACUUUCUUAAUACACUUUUUUUUUUUUUUUUUAAUUUUGUGAGAGUGUGUGAGAGAGUAAGAUACCUGCCUUGGGCUGAAUAUAUGCAAGAGUGUGCUAUAUAUGGUUACUAUUUGUAAUGUGUGUAUAAUGUCUUCUCCAUUUAUAUAUGUAUGUUUAUGUUACCUUAAUUUCCACCAGGGCUCGAUAAAUGAUACACUACUCUACUUACAGUUCACCUCAGUUGGAAACAGAAAAUGAAGAGUUCAGUUGCAAAACCCCCUAAGUGCCUUUUCAGAAAAUAAUCUUUAUUCAUUUUUAUUUAAUACAAAGCUAUCAAAUAUUUUUUAUUUUAUUUAUGUAAUAUAACUAUAUGUAUUACCAAGUACAUAAAUGUAAACCAAACCAACAACGGGGUUCUCUAAAAAUAUAGAAGUCCAGGUCUUCAGAAAUGGAGUUAGGGGGUUUUGCAUCUGGACUCUUCAGAUCGCCUUUGCGCUUUCAAUAUCAGCCUCUAGACCAGUUGAUCAUUCACGAUCGCCCAGGGACAGCAGUGUGAGGUUUACUUGUAGUUGAGACGAUUUCCUCAACAUUACAAUCUCAAUUCAUGCGCACACCAUGUAUAGGCUGGCUUCAAAUGCAUGAUGGAUUGAGGGAUAUUACAGGGCCAACACGAGGACGCACAUACGACAUACCUGGCA